AAUACCUUGUACUGAGAUUAGUUCAGAUGUUAAUAGUAAAGUAGUAGUUUCCACUGGUAUAGUAGAGAAUAUGGCUUAUGCUGGACUGGUUUAUUAUGAGGAGAAAAGAGCUGAAGACUUGGUGACAUUUGCUGCUGCUAAAGAUCUCAAUGCACUGCUUGAGUUUAUUAAAAAAGACUGUUCUCAUGCUGAAAGAGGACAAAAUAUUCUAUUUCGUUUCAAAGAUUAUAAUGGAUAUAUUGAAUUAAAGUUUGAUGCACCUCAAAAGAAACCAUUCACUGGUUGGAGUAUUGAGCCUCACAUGGACUCAUGCAAAUUUCUACGUUGUGAUGUUGAUAAGUUUGGUGAAGCUAAUUAUCCUCUUCCUUCCACUUGUCUAAUAUCAGUAUAUGGGUCACCUGAUGCUGUACCAUCAUUGCACUAUUCUAUACCACUGGAUGGAGUGGCUGAUCCUAAGACAUUAUUCAUUCAUCGAUCACUGAGAACUACUCCUUCAUUAACAAAUCCUACUACCUCCUCCUCCUCCUCUAAUGUAGUACAUGGUUCAACGUCAGUAUCAGGAGCUAGUACAUUUAGAUCUGAUAUUGCUCAUAGAGUAAUGACAGAAUGUACUGGAAUGAUAAAGGAAAGGCUUGAGCUAAAUACAUUAGUACAGAAGCUACUUGAGAAGAGGGUAAUAAAUGAAAGACAAAAGAAUCAAAUUACUGAUCAACACUGUGGAUUGACUGCUGAUCAAAGGAUCGACAAGUUACUUAGUUUAGUUAGAGUAUCCAUUCAAAUGAACGGCCAAGUAUUUCAUUUGUUUCUAGAAAUAAUUAAACAAGAGAACACAAUAAUAACUGAUAGUCUAGCACAAACACUAUUGGACAAUUAUAAAAGAUUAUUACAAUAAUAAUAAUAUACAUUUUUGCUCUUACGUUGCAUUCUUUGUUAAUUUUAUUUUUUAAGAGCUUUGAUUACACGAUACA